CUAGCUAAAGCCAUAUACCGACCGAACGAACGAAAAGAUGUAAUGGAAAUCAAUGAGGAAACGUUGGAAGCAGCUAAAAGUUCAUAGAAGGGGAAUGUAUAGUCCGUAAAUUCUUGGAAACUAUCAGUUUUUCAAUCAUUCUCUAAAUUACAAGUGUUUAAGAAUCAAUAACUGCGUCAUUGAACAAUACCGUGUAAUGGAAUAUGGUAACUGGCGGCUAUGAUUCAGGUUAUCUUUUCGUAGCGUAUCGCUCAAAAUAAUAUCCAUGAAGUAACCAUGAAUGACUCAGAGGCACCUGUUAUCGAGACAAAGUCGCCUCUCAAAGUGACAGGGAGUACACUUAAUAGACGGUCGGCAUCUGCUUGCAGUAAUGACUCUGAAAGGAACAAAAAGAGACGAAACGUAUGCAGUAAGGACAAAAGGAAGAAGUCUAAACAACGGAGUAGCUCUAACAGUUCUAGUUCUUCCAGUGUUUCGAGUUCAGAGGCAAAUACACGUAGAAUCAGGAAUGAUAGAGGCGAGGAUGCUGAACAUAAAAUCAAGAAAUUUGAAAAUGGUUACACAGAGUCUCAGAAGAGAAGUGAAAAGUACAGUAAUGAUUUCAGACCAUACAAUAGAAGACACAGUAAUUUUUCUGAUAAUCAAAGAGACCGUGGUUGGCUGGAUUCACGAUAUCCCAGACAUUACAGCUAUGACAGAAGGGAUGUAUAUAACAAUACCCAUUAUAUUAGAUAUAACAGUGACAGAAGAGGAUACCAUGGGGGUUACAAGAGAACAUUUGGUUACAGCAGACCAAGGGUGCAAGAUCAAUACAGGAAUACAAGCAAAAAUACAGCUAGUCAAUGCAUACGAGAGAGAAAGCAUACGAAACCAUUACGAAUCACCUCAGAAGUGGAAAAGCGUGAUUCCGCUAAGGAUGACACAGUCGUAGGGCAAGGAAAGAGGAAAACUGAAAUACAAGACAAGACUCAGCCUAGUCGUAAGAAAUUGAAAAAGAAGAGAUCUUUGUCAGCUUCCAGUGUUUCCAGUAUUAGCAGCAGCAACAGCAGCAGCAGCAGCAGCAGCAGCAGCAGCAGUAGCAGCAGUAGCAACAGUAGCAGUAGCUCAAGCAGCAGUAGUAGCAGUAGUGAUGCCGACAGCAGCAGCAGCAGCAGUAGCAGUAGCAGCAGCAGCAGUAGCAGCAGCAGCAGCAGCAGCAGCAGCAGCAGUAGUAGUAGUAGCAGUAGCAGCAGCAGCUCAGAGGCUGAGAAGAAGCGGAAGAAAGUCCUGAAGAAGGCUAAAAGAUUGAAGAAAAAGGCUAUGCAGAAACGGAAGAAGAAGAAGAAACGAAUGAGGAAGAAACUGAAGAAGAAAUCGAAGAAAAUUGUACCCAAGAAAAAGAGACACAGCAAGAAGAAGCCCAAGGAAAAGACUGGCAAAGAGGAUACGACGAACGAAAUUGCGUCCGAAAUGGCGGAGAAAGCAAAAGCCAUGGCACCUAUGACGAAAGAGGAGUGGGAAAAAAGGCAGAGUAUCGUGCGGAAAGUUUACGACAAAGAGACUGGAAGAUACAGAUUAAUCAAAGGCGAUGGAGAAGUUCUCGAAGAAAUAGUGAGUCGUGACCACCACAGGGAAAUCAACAGACAAGCGACCAAAGGUGACGGCGAAUACUUCCAAGCGCGUUUGAAAAUGAAUGCCGUGUAACAUAUUUUUUUAUGUAACAAAAUAUAAUUGGAAAAGACUUCACCUAAAUAUCUAUCUUAACAAAGUGUCGAUAUCUGGUGUCGAUCGCUGUGUUUUUAUAUUGUUUCGAAUACAUUUACCUGACGUAACAUGUGAGUGUACUAUGUAAUUAAGGAUGGGAUUAUUGGAAAGUGCGUAAACAAGUAUUUGUAUAGACUUGUCAAUAUGUAAUAUGAAUCAAUGAUACAUGAGUGCAUAUUGCAACAGGUUCUAUCUUUAUAUGUGUUGUAUCAACAAUUCAUAGGUAAGAGGUACAGGAUAUUCCUUUGCUUUAGAUUUUUCUCCCAACAUGACUUCAAGUACCAUGGUGUGUAUUGGUAAUAAAUAAGUUCUCUUAUUACAUA